UCAGGGGGUCUGGGCCAGACCGCUGGGAGUCUUCGAGAUGGCUAAGGCCGCCAGGAAAACCCAGAACCCACCAGCUUGUAGCACAGCUACACAGCAAUCAACAUCAGGCCCCAGAAGGAGGAAACCCGCGAAGACCCCCCGUCAACCCAAGACCGGAGGCAGCGGCAAGGUGACCAAACCAACCAUAAAGGUGAAAAGACAACUCCGGGGGACCGUGACCAAGAAAGCCCCGAUGAAGACUCCCAUUUCUUCAAAGAAAGGGAAGAAAGGUAGAGGGACUGCCCUGUUCGGCCAUUACCGCAGGAUGAAUAAAGCGCAGAAUCCCCAUGAUUCGCAGUGGGACCAACCCAGCACCUCAAAGGUGCGUGGUGGCCGCUCUUAGAGUGAGGCCAGAGAUUUCUGAGGUCUGCCCCUGAGAAAUGGGUGGCUGUUUAGUCAUCGAAUUUCACACAAAUGGGGCAUACAAUUGGCAAUGAAAAUAAAAUGACCUGUUAAAAAAAAAAA